AUGCAGGAUGAACAAGAGAUAAGAGAUAGAAGGAAGAUCCUGUUGUUGCAUGGUUAUAGUGAGUCUGCCGACCUUACUAUCGAUUCUGUAAUUUAUAAGAUUUCUGCAUGUCUUAAGUAUCCUGAAUUGAAACCUGACAGUGUAAGUCGCUGUCAACGAAUCGGUGCCAGAAAAGAUGCUAAGCCUCGUCCGUUCCUUAUAAAGUUUAAAGAUAUUUCUCACGAAGAAGCGACAGCCAGGAAAGCUUUUGGUAUGCACAAAUGUUGGACUAGAGAUGGACGUAUAUUUGACAUGACUCCUAGUGGUUCGCGUCGUCGAAUUAAGAGCAUGAAGGACAUCGAAACUAGUGCACAGACAGCUCCUGUUGAGGAGUCUGUCUCCUUGCGUUUGUUUGUGCAAUAA